CACACUCAUCAAAACUGGUCCACAUUUUCACUCCUAGUUGUUUUGAUUGGUAUUUCAACCUUUUUGAAAGAAGUGUAAAAAUUAAUCCAUCCAAAAACUGCUGCUGAAGGUGUUAACGAAUGCAAAGAUAAUCCGUUGCUAAGAAACAGUCAAAAUACCUUUUCGUACAAUCUCAUGCAAAUUACUAGUCGGAAAAAUGGCCCGCUGUUAGAAAGGUUGUGUUGGUUACGAUGGAGUUCAACUUCAACUCAGCUAAGAACAAUAUCUGCUCAUUGACGCUCUAGAUGAUAAAGGAAAGAAAAAUUGACGAUGACAAGGGAUGAGUAUCGUGGUUACAAGAAAAUGCUACAAUUCAUUACAGCGGCUGCAUCGGCUACUGCAGAGCUGCCCGCCAGCGAGUAGAGCUGUCUCUUGACUUGAGCUUAAGUUCUAAUUUAUAUUUCCGUUGCCGAAAUUAUUUUUACAAACUAGAGAUUUAGACACUGAUAAAUACUAAUUUUGAAGUGACGACAGUCACAGUUUUAACGGCGAAUUGGACCGGUAUUACACUAGCUACGCUGGUAAGGUUUAACUGAAUUAUAUCUCGGCCACGUACGAUGAGUGCUGCUGAUAAAUGCGACACAGGAACGCUGCUGUUGCCGUUUCUGGAUGAAUCAGGCUGGAUACAUGAACUGAGAAUUGUUAUCUACCUGAUAGCAUUAUUAUGGUGCUUUAUGGGAGUUGCAAUCAUCGCUGAUGUUUUUAUGUGUUCUAUCGAAACGAUUACAAGUAAAACAAAGCAGGUCAAGGUGGCUAGGCAAGACAGUGAUGAAAUGGACGUGGUCGAAGUUCGAGUCUGGAAUGAUACAGUGGCUAACUUGACGUUGAUGGCUUUAGGGUCAUCUGCCCCAGAGAUCUUACUAGCCAUCUUUGAGAUCGUUUUAAUCAACGGCUUUAAUUCAGGAGAAUUAGGCCCAAGCACGAUUGUUGGUUCUGCGGCGUUUAAUCUUCUUGUAAUCACAGGAGUGUGUAUUAUGACAGUACCUAUGCACGAGCAGCGAAAGAUAAAAGCCGUUAAAGUGUUCGCUGUAACUGCAACGUUCUCUAUUUUAGCCUACGUUUGGCUUUACAUCGCUUUGAGCGUGAGUUCUAAAAAUGAGAUCGAACUUUGGGAGGCAAUUUUUACUUUUUUGUUGUUUCCUAUUCUGGUUGUUAUCGCUUAUAUUGCCGACAAAGAUUACUGCUCAGGAAAAGUUUCACCGCAAGACGCAGGAGUACUUGAACUGGGUAUGUGAAUCUAAUAAUAUUUCCACUUGUAUCCGUAUAAAGUUUCGGCACUUAUGCUAUAUAUAGGAAAACAUGUUUACUAAUUGAACUCACGUACACACUGUACGUGAUAAGAUUAUAAAUGGCCUUGAUUUCGCUGAUUGCGAUUUGUAUUUUCUUGGACACGAAACAAUAUUUUUAAAUAAUUUGGAAUCUGUUUUUUAAAAUGCCUAUAUGAGUCGAUCGCUUUGAAAGUGUAUAUAAAAUUAGAGUAGACACGUUGCUAUGCUAUAUUAAUGAUUACCAGAUUGGCGUUUUGAGGUUAAAUAAGUGGGAAUUUUUUUACUACAUUGUGUUCGUAAGUUUCACAUAUGUACGUUCUUUAAAGAUAGAAAGCACAAUCGAACUGGUUGCCAAGAUUUUGUGCUAAAAACAAUAAGUGGAAAUCGUUUAUUCAGCUGUCACAUGGUAAUAAAUAAACAAAUCAUUCCAAAAACGUGUCAGAUAAUUUCUAAAAUGCUGUUAAGGAUCCUGAGCAGUACUGUUCCAGACUCUACGGCAUUCCAAGUUUCAUUUGGGCCAAAUGCACCCUGUUUUUCACACAUUUUCAAAUGGAAUGAAAUUGGCUGCUAGAACUUUGUAUCUGUGGGUAUCAAUAAUUAAAAUCUUUCAUCAAAGCAGGUGAAAGCUUAAAUAAUUAUUUCUGUAGAUCUACAAUAUCACAAUACAAACAAUUUUUGUUGAAAAGGCAAACCUGUGAACAAACAAAAAGGUGAAAAUGGAAUGUAUUUCAGUAAUGCAUGAAACCAGUUUUUAUUUUUAACUCUAGUUAUUAAAUGAAAAAAGUUCUAUAAAGAUAUAAAAUACAUGCAUCAGACAUAAUAGCACACUUGCAUAAUAAUAAUUUCCACACCUGGCUAAAAAAUCACAGUUUGUUGGCAUCAAAUUUGCCCACAUCCAACCAAAUCUUAACUGUGGUCAGACACGAUGACCAGACCUGAAAUCAAAUGUACUAUAGCCUACUAUCAUUUUGCUUUUAGGAAAAAUGCUUCCUGCCCCCCUCUCCCCCUCCUUCAUAUGAAGCUAAAAUUCAAUAAUUGUUAAGUUUUGCCAUUAUGGNAUCACAGUUUGUUGGCAUCAAAUUUGCCCACAUCCAACCAAAUCUUAACUGUGGUCAGACACGAUGACCAGACCUGAAAUCAAAUGUACUAUAGCCUACUAUCAUUUUGCUUUUAGGAAAAAUGCUUCCUGCCCCCCUCUCCCCCUCCUUCAUAUGAAGCUAAAAUUCAAUAAUUGUUAAGUUUUGCCAUUAUGGAGUUAAAAGUAAAGAUCUGUGGUAGUUGCAGCCUGACUUUAUUAAGCAUGCUGUUUGUAUACAUGUCCUUAUGAUAAUUUACUUAACUACAUUCCUUUGGUACAAAGUUUGUAUCAUUAUGUCAGUUAAUCUAUUUUAUGCUUUUGGAUUAUAUCUUAAAAAAGAAAUGGUUUUGAGGGGAAAUUUAGUUUCACUUUGACUUUAACAUUGCAAUGUAAGCGUAAAAACUACAUUUAAUUUUUCUCAAUAACUGUGCGCAUUUCCUCCGAAAAUGUUUACAACUGGUAUAGGAUUUACAGAAGCUCCAACCAAUUGUCACUGGACCAAUUGUGGAAUUGCACACAUAACCACAUUUCCAGCAAUAACAACUUGCCAUCUGUCUCCUCAAACAUUUGAAAGUCAAUAUAGAUUUUGUAAGAGUUGUACUAGUGUCUGCAUUAUCAGGCAUGACCAAUGGGAAAAUAAGAAUAAGAACUACAUGUAUAACAGUUUAUUUUAAUUUUUCAAAAUUAUUUUAAUCAUCCUGCAAUCAGUUAGUCACCUCCAAAUUGAAAUUGAAAAUUUAAGGAGAAAUUGGGAAUUUAAAUUGGUAAUAAAAAGAAGACACACAAAAUUAAACAAACAAACAAGCAAAUAAAGUAUGUACUUGUGCACGUCAAAACACAAAAGAUACUUAAAGGAAUAGGUCAGUGUGUUCCUCUUUGAGGUAUUGGAUUGAAAAAAGACAUUUUGUAAGAUAUCAGUAUAAAUUAUAUAGGAAUCGGUACAAUUACUAACCAUGGCUGAAUUGAACUCUUGCAAAAAUAAAUAAUUUAUAGUCUUGGUUUCAAGAGUUAUAAUUUGGAUGUGUGGGAGCCGGCAGCGAUUUUCUGCACACAUGGACAGAGGACAAUGAAUCUGUUAAGUGUCAAUGCCAUUUUUGCAAGUUAAUUAUAGAAAAGUACAUGAGUACAUAAGAAAGACAGAUUCCCCCUUAUCCGCACUGUGAUAAAUAUUCCUUGAAUGCAGUUAACUUACAUAAACGAUGUGACUUGAAAUCUUUGAUUAGCAUAUCACACUAAGAAAUCACAUUUGUAUUUCUUCAUAAUAAUAGCUGAGGGUACAAAAGCAUUGAAGACACCAACAGAAGACCCAGAAGUUGAAAGUUUUAUCAAGGUACAAUAAAAACCUAGAUCAAGAUACAUAUAUCAACAAAUAAUUGUUUGAGUCCAAUACAAAAAAACUCUUGGUAUAGCAAAAAUAAACUUUGUUAGAUAUGUUUAAUUUACCACAUUAUGUUCCUUGUGAACUCAUGUGAAUUCACAUUAAAAUGUUUGAACUUGUGUGUUACUUUUGUAUGAAACUGUUGCCACAUCGUUCAACUAUUGCUGCAGCUCUCUAACUGUCAAACCGUUUGUCUCUGGCUAAUUACUUUACGUCUAGAAAUGUUUUAAAAAUUAAUAAAUUUUAAAUGCCAAAUAAUGGAAUUGUUAGUCUCCCUGAAAUGACAUGAAAAUCUGGGCUGAACCAAAUACCCCACCCUUCACCCCACCCCCAGGUACCACGGGUUUUUUCCUUACCUCAUUCCUGAUAGUUCGGAAGCCGGAACACAGAAUAUAUAUAUGUAUAUCAAACUAUGUUUAUCUUAUUGUAGGUCUUUCGAACUGAUACAGACCUUUGAAGCCAGGCUAGUUAAAAGUUGUAUGAACUUCCCUCCCAUCCCUCCGGUGUACUCUCAAAACAACCCUACAUCUCGAUCCAGACCUUGGCCCAUUCUAUAUUAUUCUAGACUGGGCAAGCGCUGGUCUUAAGCGUAUGUAGCGCAGAUAAGACCGACCAAUGAAUGAUUCUGUACGUUUUAUUUGCGAUAUUUCCUGUUUUUAAACAUUGAUUUUGUCAUUUAACUGUGCCAACGACUGAAAUAAAGAACCUGUUGUUUCAAUUUCUUCAACGUGAUUUAGGAAUAACUUCAUGGCUGCCGCCAUCAGGUAACCCAAUUUUUCCUAAGGCUUCAACUGACAAUUAUUUUUCGCGCUACCACCGCCGGCAUACCUUGGAGUUAAUCCAAUAAUUAUGCUUUUAAAUGUUACUGAAUAAAUGAUAACAAGGAAGUCUACAGAAAAGCAAAGAAUUCUUGCUUAUUCAAGCUUAGCAAUAUAAAUGAGCUUCAUAUAUCUAACAUACCUUACUCAUCAGUCAUAAGAAAUAGUUUUAUAAGAAUUUCAAUGCAAAAAAAACUGGCUUAAGCUAACUGACACACCUGUAAGUGAGAUUCGCAUCAAAAUUUCCAUGAAGUGUUUACAGAAAGGAUAUAGAAUAUCUUCCGUUUUAGCCUGAGGAUUGCGCCCAAGGAACAAAAACGAUCAAUGUCGGUCGGGCCUGGUGUGACGGCAAGCCCCGGUUCAAUCGGUCAGCAGACUGUCUCAGAGACCGCGAAUCUUUAGAUAUGGCGAUAUGGCAUGAUAUGGGGAACGAAGCAAACAAAGUGAGCGAAAGGAUUUUCAAUAUGCAAGCGUUGAGUUGUGUGGGUUUAUCGCGCUGGUUUUUGUUUUUAUUUUUUGCUUCGUUCCACAUAUUUUAGAGUAAAAGGGAGACUCUGACGGUGGUGUACCUGUUAACAGUCCGGGAUAUCCCUAAAUUUAAGGACAGGGCGAACUGGUCACGCGACACUUUUCAACCAAUGAGAAGGCGCGCUUGUGUUUAUCAACAAACAAAUCAAAACAUCGCCCCAGUGAUCAAAAAUUUUCAAAACGAUUCUUCGGUUAAUCUCGCCGCAAAAACCAAAUUUGGUGGCUGUUGUUUAACUAAUGAAAUGUUGUUUUUGUUUGCUUGUGUGUUUUUUAAUAUUUAUAGGAGGUUAGCCGUAACCCGGAUCUCAGUGAAGAUGACGCUGCUAUGCUUGUGGCAGCUCAUAUAAAAUCCAAACAACCCAAAAAUUACGGCUACUAUCGCGUCGGCGCAAUACGAAAUAUAGGAGGCAGUCAUAAACUGAGACCAAAAAUGGAUUCCAAACUUAGAGUGGUAAGCAGAUGGGGAAAUUAUUUCAUUUCAGUAUUGACUCGGACAGCUUUAUCACUAGUUUGAAUUUAUUUCUUCAAAGUAAGCCAUGCGCAAGACCAGGUAUCUAUGGUCACCUUAAUGGUCACUUAUGAAUACAACACUGAGCAUGCGCAACAGGCUCAGGGGUGAUCAAUGGAGCACNCCCGGUUCAAUCGGUCAGCAGACUGUCUCAGAGACCGCGAAUCUUUAGAUAUGGCGAUAUGGCAUGAUAUGGGGAACGAAGCAAACAAAGUGAGCGAAAGGAUUUUCAAUAUGCAAGCGUUGAGUUGUGUGGGUUUAUCGCGCUGGUUUUUGUUUUUAUUUUUUGCUUCGUUCCACAUAUUUUAGAGUAAAAGGGAGACUCUGACGGUGGUGUACCUGUUAACAGUCCGGGAUAUCCCUAAAUUUAAGGACAGGGCGAACUGGUCACGCGACACUUUUCAACCAAUGAGAAGGCGCGCUUGUGUUUAUCAACAAACAAAUCAAAACAUCGCCCCAGUGAUCAAAAAUUUUCAAAACGAUUCUUCGGUUAAUCUCGCCGCAAAAACCAAAUUUGGUGGCUGUUGUUUAACUAAUGAAAUGUUGUUUUUGUUUGCUUGUGUGUUUUUUAAUAUUUAUAGGAGGUUAGCCGUAACCCGGAUCUCAGUGAAGAUGACGCUGCUAUGCUUGUGGCAGCUCAUAUAAAAUCCAAACAACCCAAAAAUUACGGCUACUAUCGCGUCGGCGCAAUACGAAAUAUAGGAGGCAGUCAUAAACUGAGACCAAAAAUGGAUUCCAAACUUAGAGUGGUAAGCAGAUGGGGAAAUUAUUUCAUUUCAGUAUUGACUCGGACAGCUUUAUCACUAGUUUGAAUUUAUUUCUUCAAAGUAAGCCAUGCGCAAGACCAGGUAUCUAUGGUCACCUUAAUGGUCACUUAUGAAUACAACACUGAGCAUGCGCAACAGGCUCAGGGGUGAUCAAUGGAGCACUCAAUUACGGCACUUUUAACAAAUAUCUUUCAGUUAAUAAGGAUAGAAUUAUGAAACUUAUCCGUGAAAUUUUGUAUACUUAAAAAAUAACAUUAAAGUUGGGAGAUUUUCUGUUUUUUACACUGUUUAUUUUCAUCAAGAGCCAUUGUGGCUCUUGUUUUCAUUUGAUAACGGAGUGUUAAAAAUUAUAAAGAUUGUACGGUAUCUGUACUCUGAGUGCCUAGAUUAUCAUCCUCUCCUGCUGCUGGUCUGAUAACACAAAUGCAAUGUUGUUCAAUCUGUAGAUUUACGAGGAGUUAUCUGAAGUUGGGUUUUCAUCUUCUGGUGCUUCAGUCAUAAUGAGUCAUGCCUUAGGUAGGUUCACCUCUCCGGCUUACUACUGACCCUGCGAUGUAAGUACAGUAUAUGCAUCUCCUAUGAACAAUUCCGAGCACAAAAAGUAUUACCUUAUUAUGGGAAAUUGACGAUGCAUUAAUGCAUAAUUUACGUCGAUGUUAAUUUAAAUCUCACUAUUUUACAUCAUUGUUGUUUUACAGCACCCUUAUUUCAAUAACAAAACCUCGUCUGCUCAUAGUUCCUCUAUCAACGCCUCGGAGUCACUAUCUGACAGUUCUUAGUCCUUAGGAAUUGAGUUCAAAAUGUCUUUCGACUGGUCUUCGUAUUGAUCCGUUUCCGCGAGAGGAUAGCUAACUUCUUCGGUCUUUCUUCUUCAUGGAAAUGCUGCUUUUUUUUCUUUUAGAUAUGUAUGUUGCGAAGUUUGUAUUGCAGCAAAUUCGCGUGAAAUGAAAAGUUAGGCGCACAUUGUUUUCGAAAAUUUCUCGUAAUUUGAUGUAUGUAAACCAAACUUUUGGAAAAUUCGCGAUAAUUCUCUGUAACGCAAAUUUUCUUCACGUUGUCAAUGUGCAUCGGUAAUUCCAAAUAAUGAAGUAACACGCUGCUUUUAUUUUUAGCACGUUGCCUGCAUGAAAGAAAAACAACGCUUAAAUUAAACGGUUAACCACCAGUGGUCGGUUGAUCCUCUGUGAUAAAUAAACAUACACAUUAUGCACAACAGACAAUUUCAUAUAAAUUCUUCCAGUUUUAAUAACCAGUUAGUAAGAAUAAUAUCUCUGUCAGUCUUAAAAUUUCUGCUUUCAGUUCUAAAAUUUCUUGUGUUUUUUUGUUGCUUCAGCGGGAAAAAUACAGCCGGCUCGAGUUGAGUUUGCUGCUCCUAAGUGUGCCGUUCUUGAAAGUGAUAAAAUUGUCAGGAUUGGAGUGAAACGAACUGGCAACACUAAACUAGCCACAAGUGUAAAGUAAGUGUGUUAAUGCCGAGCAUAAAUAUUGAUCCAGUUUUCAGUCCCUCGAUCCCAAACCAAAGUUCAAGAAAACAUGAAAUUUGUCGUUGUGAAUGGGUUAGCUUGACUUAACCCUAACCCUAAUUCAUUCCCAACGAUCUUCAUACAGUAAAUAAAUUAAAGCUUUUUACAGUUUCCAAGCCAUUGUAACGAUAUGGUGAUGGCAUGGGUGGCUGAUCGCGUACAUUGCGUCAGAAUUCGCAAUAUUAAAAUUCACCUUGACUAAAAUUCCGUUUUAGUUAUGAAACUAUUAAUGGCACAGCUCUGGCUGGAUCAGAUUACGAGGCAAAGAAAGAUGUGCUUGUCUUCAAACCUGGAGAAACGUUAAAACAUGUGGACAUCACAAUUAUUGAUGACGACGAAUGGGAAGAGAACGAGGUGUUCUUUGUGAAAGUAUCAAGGUUUGAUUACAAAGACGACACAGUGGAAAUCGGAGAACAAAGUAUUACAGAAGUCACUAUUAUAAAUGACGAUGGUAAGAAAACAGAGAAUUAGUCAGGUCUGUAGGUGCGGGUACUGGGGAGAGGAUGUAAUCUGGCCGGUGCGCAAUCACAUGGUCAUGGCGACUUUAAAGUCGCAAUAAAACGUGAUCUGGUCAGUGCAAAUUGUAUUUGGCACAGGUAAGACUCGAGUGGCAAUAAAACAAGUUCUGCCAAUCUGUAUAACAACCGCCAAAAUAUACUUGGGGUCCAUACCAGAGGGUUUCUUGUACAGCGCAAGAUGACAGACACCAAAGAGUUUCUUCAGUAAUUCCUGCACCUAAAGGAAGAGUCACUAACAGUUAUCUUAAUAAGAGUGCGCCCGGGUCAAUCAAAAUCAGGGCGGAUAAUCCUUCCUUUCCGUUUGUUCAUCACUUAAUUUACGUCAAUGGAUGCUCAUUCUGGAUAUUUGCUCAUUUUAAAUUAUCAUCAUUAUCAUCAUCAUCAUCAUCAUCAUCAUCAUCACUAUAUUAUUAUUAUUAUUACAUACCUUUAUUAUCUUAUUCAUCAUCACGGAGAUCAAACGAGGAUUUGUCAUUGCAUGACAUUUUAGCAACAUCCCAACAUAGGAUAAAAAUAAUAUUUGCUCCCUCCAUGUUAUUGUCCCUCGUUUGAACAAGGCUUUUCGAUGAUGUGUUAGAUCUAACAGAACACAGUGUAAAGGUUGUGAACCGGAAUUUGGCUGAUAGUCAGUUCUUGGACCAACAGUUUUUAAUUGUUUUGCAACAGUGAAAAGUAGUUCGAAUCCUGGAUAAAUGAAUAAUCUGCCUUCUGGUUUCUGGUUAGUGGCUGCUAUGUCCAAGCUGUAUUUUCUGCUACUAACGCUUGAUAAAUGCUAUUAGUCUUUUUCUAUUUAAUAAAGCACUUCUUGUGUGAUUAAAUCAUUAGAACCUGGAACCUUUUCGCUGGAGAAUCCAAGCUACGUUAUAAAAGAAAGUAUUGGCAAAGCCUUUAUCAAAGUUGAACGGACUAAUGGAACAGAUGGGAAGGUAGAGGUUACAUGGAAAACUACAGAUAAAACAGCAGUGAACGGCAAGGAUUACCAUGGAGGGACUGGCGCCCUAAUUUUUGAGCAUGGCGAGCAAGUAAAGCACAUUGUUAUAGACAUUAUUGACGACAAAGACUUUGAAAAGGACGAGACGUUUACAGUAGAGCUCACGGGCACCUCGGAUGGAGCCAGUCUUGGACAUAUUAAGAGUGCGGCAGUCACUAUCGUCAAUGAUGACGGUAUGGUUAUGUUGUAACAACUCUAUCUGUUUCUCUUUAGCAAGGCGCGCCACUGAUCCUUUAUUUUGCACUAUUCAAUGCUUGAAAGAGACUCUGCUUGAGCGGUCAACUACUUUAUUUAUUACNCAAAGAGUUUCUUCAGUAAUUCCUUCACCUAAAGGAAGAGUCGCUAACAGUUAUCUUCAUAAGAGUGCGCCCGGGUCAAUCAAAAUCAGGGCGGAUAAUCCUUCCUUUCCGUUUGUUCAUCACUUAAUUUACGUCAAUGGAUGCUCAUUCUGGAUAUUUGCUCAUUUUAAAUUAUCAUCAUUAUCAUCAUCAUCAUCAUCAUCACAAAUUAUUAUUAUUAUUACAUACCUUUAUUAUCUUAUUCAUCAUCACGGAGAUCAAACGAGGAUUUGUCAUUGCACGACAUUUUAGCAACAUCCCAACAUAGGAUAAAAUUAAUAUUUGCUCCCUCCAUGUUAUUGUCCCUAGUUUGAACAAGGCUUUUCGAUGAUGUGUUAGAUCUAACAGAACACAGUGCAAAGGUUGUGAACCAGAAUUUGGCUGAUAGUCAGUUCUUGGACCAACAGUUUUUAAUUGUUUUGCAACAGUGAAAAUUAAGCUAAAUUAGUUCGAAUCCUGGGUAAAUGAAUAAUCUGCCCUCUGGUUUCUGGUUAAUGGCUAUGUCCAAGCUGUAUUUUCUGCUACUAACGCUUGAUAAAUGCUAUUAGUCUUUUUCUAUUUAAUAAAGCACUUCUUUUGUGAUUAAAUCAUUAGAACCUGGAACCUUUUCGCUGGAGAAUCCAAGCUACGUUAUAAAAGAAAGUAUUGGCAAAGCCUUUAUCAAAGUUGAACGGACUAAUGGAACAGAUGGGAAAGUAGAGGUUACAUGGAAAACUACAGAUAAAACAGCAGUGAACGGCAAGGAUUACCAUGGAGGGACUGGCGCCCUAAUUUUUGAGCAUGGCGAGCAAGUAAAGCACAUUGUUAUAGACAUUAUUGACGACAAAGACUUUGAAAAGGACGAGACGUUUACAGUAGAGCUCACGGGCACCUCGGAUGGAGCCAGUCUUGGACAUAUUAAGAGUGCGGCAGUCACUAUCGUCAAUGAUGACGGUAUGGUUAUGUUGUAACAACUCUAUCUGUUUCUCUUUAGCAAGGCGCGCCACUGAUCCUUUAUUUUGCACUAUUCAAUGCUUGAAAGAGACUCUGCUUGAGCGGUCAACUACUUUAUUUAUUACUACGGCCUUUCUUGGGAUGGGUUUUCAUGGAAUUCUGGAGCUAGUAGGUCAAAUGUUUUUCGAAUUAAAAUACGAAGACAUUGUCGCCAUUAUUAAUCCAACAAAUCUGUUCUCGUUCGGACUGUUUCAGUGAAUAAAUUUUUUAACCAAAAGAAGGUAUUUAUAAGUAUCCAAGGUUUUCAGGCACUUUACAAAAGUGACGGCUAUAUUUUUCUUAAUUAUUAUUGUUUCUCAACACGUAAAAUGAGGCAAACCAGGCCUUUAUGUUGUGUUCAUUAUAACCUACUAGAUAUUUUUUUUCUGUUCAGAGUAUCGCCGCUUGUUUGACCGUGUGGUAGCAUUGACACAUUUAAAUCUUCGCCGUUUGGAUCUCGGAUCCGAAACAUGGGGCGCUCAGUUUAGAGAAGCCAUGUCAGUAAAUGGGGGAGAUAUAGAAAACGCCACUACACUUGAUUACGUCAUGCACUUUCUCACCUUUGCUUGGAAGGUAUGUUCAACACUUUUCCUUUCCUUUACAUGAUUCUAAAGAAAUAAACAAUGGCAUCGACCCACCCGGCACCAGUUUCUUCAGCCUCAGUGUCUUUCAAAUUUCUGUAAAACAAUGAUAGCUUUCCAGGGUAAAUGGCCAUUGUAUUUUUGACACCUAAGAGGAUAAAAAAAAAAUGCUCAAAUAGGAUAUUUAAGGGCCUGUUUACAUGAAGGUGGGGGACCCCAGGUAGGUGGGGUAACCCGCCUGUCCAUAUAAUCUCUCAUUUUAAUUUUAUCACGUUUACUUGAUAGGUGGGGUGACCCGCCACAUGUUACCUCACCUAUCUGGGGUCCCCCACCUCCAUGUAAACAGGCACUAAAUGUACCCUGUGUAAAUCAUAUAUUUUGAGGGGUUUAUUAGUUUACUAGUUACAGUCAAACCAGGUCAAGCGUUCCCGUCGCUAACAAACUAAUGAAUUCAUUAAUGCAAACAUGAUUUCGUUUGUUGAUUCACUAAUCCAUUCAUAAUAUGAAUAACCCAACAGUCAAAUUGGACCUCGAUACAAUAAUGAAAUAUUGAUUUGGUUUAUGAACAAAAACUACCUGUUCUUUAUUCUCGUCUGUUGUGUUCAAUCGUAUUUGCUUCCCCUUUCCUGCCGUUAACGAUUGCGUUUUUCAUUGCCUUUAAUCAAAAUAACAGCUAGAAUAGACAGACCGCAAACGCAAAGAAACUGACAAAGGCCGAGGAUCGAAAUACACCAAUCACCGUUCAUACACUGACUUCAGUUUUACCGUAGUGUUUUCUAAGAGGCCAGGUCUGUUGCACUGAUUACUGGCAGCGAAAUGGCGUACAUGUAACAGUUUGUUUGGGUUUGAACUUCAGAACUCGCCCACACUCGACUCUUAGAAAAAAAGAAGAAAAACAAAAUUCUGAGGUCGACUUGUGGAAAUUGUAGUUUUUCAAAAAACAGUAAUCGAAGCAAUAUUCGAUUAUUGAAUCGAGGCUAAAUAUGAAUAUUGGAUUGUUCAUUUUAUGAAUGUAUUAUUGAGUCAACAAACGAAAUCAUUUUUUCGUUAAUGAAUUCAUUAGUUCCUUAGCGACGGGAACGCUUGACCUGGUUUGACUGUAAUAGUUUUAUGUCAUCUCAUUGUUAUCAGGUAAUCUUUGCAAUAUGUCCUCCUUGCACUUGGCUGGGUGGCUGGCUUUCCUUCGGUGUCGCUUUAGGCAUGAUCGGACUUAUCACAGUCAUUGUUGGUGAUCUUGCUACAAUAUUUGGCUGCCUUAUUGGACUAAAGAACGAAGUGACAGCCAUUACGUUUGUAGCACUUGGUACCAGCCUGCCGGAUUUAUUUGCGAGCAAGAAUGCGGCUGUUAAUGAAAAGUACGCUGAUGCUGCUGUCGGAAACGUGACUGGAAGCAACUCUGUGAAUGUCUUCUUGGGCCUGGGAACGCCUUGGGUCAUAGCUUGUAUUUAUCAUACUGUCAAGGUAACGUUUUCGGGAAACUUAGCUGGCGUUUUGUUCAACUAAGUUUUUGCCCCUACUAUCUCUUUGAAAAUAACUAAGGCCUUUGCAAAAGUUCACAUCUUUCCCCCAAGUACAAUUGAAACCAGAUGUGAGAGUUCACUGAAGUAUUCGGCUUUUCAAUUCCUCUCGUGCUCUACUCUUAGGUUCGUUGUCACCCGUUGUGACAAAAGCCGUUGGAAUAUAAACAGGUCGCGCGCGAGGACGCUCCCCAGUUUUCCACCUACCUCUAGACUUCCCCUGGUACAAUGCGUUUUCCAGUUAAAUUUUUCCGAGGAAAUACAGCGUGCGUGGGGUACGUUUAUCACGACAAGAUAGGGUGCAAGGAGGAGGCAGCAGUCAGCUUUGAAAACGCAUGAAUUAUACGUAUCGACUGCUCCGUUAAUCAUCUAAAUCUUUAUUUUCAGGGCACAAAGUUCACAGUGGACGCAGGAUCUUUAUCGAUAAGUGUUGUGACGUACAGCAUAUGCGCGGUCCUUUGUGUCAGCCUCCUAAUGGUGCGUCGGUACACCAAGGCCAUGGGCCGCGCAGAACUCGGCGGGCCAAGUACAACGAAGUACGCGUCAGGUUUCUUUCUGGUAGUCCUGUGGCUUAUUUAUGUUCUUAUAUCAUCCUUAGUUGCCUAUGAAAAAGUUACAUUUUAAACGAAUUCAAAAAGCAAUAUCAUGUCCACAAAACCUUCACUGCGUUUAAUUAGAGAAACUGCGGAGCAGCCAUUCUGAAGGCGUUGGAGGUACAUACAAAGAAAAUACCACUGAAUGAAUAUAGUCGAACAUUUCACCUUGUCAACUGUAAAUAUGAAUCCCAUCGCACCUUGUCGAUAUUUAUUUCCAAAACAAUCAUGCUUCUUGAUAGUUCUGAGAUUCUAGCAAAAAUCGUUUAAUUUUCCGUACUCCCUAAUGCCACAGUAUUUUGACAAGCAAAGAGUGUUUUACAACAGCGAGGUCAAUAUCUAAGUUAAAUAAAUCAAUGAGCAUGUUGGCUUAGACCCUGGUAUUCACUCGAAAGCCGACAGAGUGCAUGGUCAAUCGACUGGAAUUUUGUUCCUCAAUAGUGCCCACUUUCAUUGGCUAGUUAGGGAGACUUGACGUAACAUAAAGUGUCCUGAAAUUAUAUUUUACGUGUUCAUCCACGCUGCUUGUUCUUGUUCACUUACGUUCCGGGGGGGACUGCAAUCUGCAAUCUGUAAUUUAUAUUUUAUAACUUUAUUUUUCUUGAUCAUUCUAAAGUAAUUCAGUUGAUGUAGAAAACAAUGCGUAUAGUAAUAUAAUGGCAUAUAUUUAAAGCUUCCCCGUCUUUCUCGGCAUAUGGAAGCCGGUCCCAGUACCCCGCCCCCGUGGGCAUCCAUGUUGUAAAAGUGUUGGUACUUUUCGAGCCCGGAAACUGCUGCUCAAACUGCUCUAAUUUUCGGUUCUUGACCACUUUUUAACAACAACCAUUUGAGCCUGAAAUCGAAGUAGGUCCUAAUUUGGAACAACAACAAAAACGACACUUGAGAGUGACACUUGGAGACCCUAAAACUGCGCCCUACUGUUAAAUUUUGUACUACUAAUACUCUAAAAACUGCUCAGA